GGCCAGCAACAUCCAGCACGGUCGCCUUCUCGCAGGAGGGAGGGGAGAGACAGAGAGCGAGCGAGAGAGAGAGACGAGACGAGAGACAGAGAGCGAGAGACGAGGCCCCUCUUUCCCCCUUCCUCUGGUCGACCGCGCAAGGCAGCCGGAGCGCACCCGCCCCGACUCAGGAGCCCGGCAGAGGAACCCGGCAGAGGAACUCAGCGCCCCAGCGAUGGGCAACAGGCAGGCGACGGGGGCGGUGGUCAAGAAGGAGGGCGCAGACGCGCCGGAGGAGGGAGCCGGCAAGGUCGGCGACGAGGGCCGACGCUCCGAGCCCUCGCUCGGCCAGGGCAAGGGCCAGGGCAGCGCCGACGGAGACGGGGAAGUCCGGCCCAAGGCCGACGGCUCGGAUGCGGUCGUCGCCGGCACCCAGGAGCUCGCCCAGGCCGUGCUGAGCGGUGACAAGGACGGCCCCCCCGCCCGGGGUCAAGGUGCGGAGGUCGGGGAGGUCACGAAGGUCGCGAAGGUCAUGAAGGACGCGGCCGCGUGCAGCCAGCAGGCGGAGGCGGCCGUGGCGGCGUUGAUCCCGGCGGGCGCCGUUGAGGCCGCCAAUAAAAUCGCCGCGGAGAGGUCGGCCGUGCGUGAGGAGGGGGAAGAGGAUCGGGGAGGUGACGAGGGGAAGGAGGAGGAGGAGGAGGAGAAGGUUGAUGAUGAGAAGGAACGACACUUGGAGAAAGUUUACCACGCUCACCCCACAGAGGAGGAUGAUGAGGAAGAUGCUCAGGUGGUGCCUCCCAUCCGCACCGGCGGUGGCACGACCGCCACGGCUUUGAGCAACGCGCCGCCCGCGAUGGCGCAGACCCCGGUGACGUUGAUCAGGGCCCAGCUCCUGGAGCCGGCGAUCAACGUCAAGGACGGCGCGACGCCGACCAGCGACGAGCUGGAGGGGGUCAAUGAAGAGGUGGAGGAGGUGGAGAAGACGCGGGAGGUUGAGGAGGUUCCGGUUGAGGGCUCGACCCGUUACGACGACGACGACGAUGAUGAUGAUGGUGAUGCUGUCGGCAACGUUGAUGCUGGGGAGGAGGAGAAGCAGGAGGAGGAGGAGGAAGAGGAGGAGGAGGUAGUGGAGGUGGCGUACGUGGUGAUGGAGAAGGAGGAGGAGGAGGAGGAAGAGCCACUACAGCAGCUGAUGCAGAACAAGAUGGCGGGGGUGGUGGCAGGGGCCGAUGUGGAGAGCUCACCAUUCCGAGUGGGAGGAGAAGACCCUCACGGAGACCUGCUGGACGCGGAGCUGAGCAACGAUGAACAACAGCAGCUGCAACAACAACAGCAGCAACAACAACAGCAGCAGCAACAACAACAAGAAGAGCAGCAGCUGGACAUCACAGCUGAUACAACCGUCAGUCCCGACACAACUCCAGCGCAACCUCUGGUCAAAUCCCAUGUUGAAGACACGGCUACCAUCUCCGAACCCGUUGCUGUGCAAGAGAAGCAAACACCUCAUCACCAGCAGCAGCAGCAUCAGCGAGAUGUCUUUGAGGCCCUUCUACAACCCGCCGAGCUGGCUGCAUUAGACGAACGCAAGGCACUUGUGGACUCUCUGCGAGAGAGAUUCGCCAAUCUCGAGUCGAAGAUUAACAGGAUGCAGGAUAGCUUAGACUCCUUGUUCACGACGAUGACCGUCCCGGGAUCCGUCCUGGAUCCGGAGCCAGAAUUUGAGGCUUCCUCGGUGGUGGAAUUCGAGGAGGAGCAGGAGGAGCAGGAGGGGGAGGAGGAAGAUGAGAGGAGUGUCCAGUCCAUCGAAAUGACCCCGUUUCCGAUGGAGGCCGCAGCAUACACAAUAGGCGAUAUCCACUUCCGGGACAUGGUUACCAAAAUCCGGGAGAAGGUUGCCGAGAUUAAGCUCAACAUGACCACAAUUCAGACGACGUCGCCGAAGAGUUGA